AUGGAUUAUCUUCAACCAACAAGUCAAAAUUUUUCAAAUCGUCAAAAUCGUUCAAUAAAUGAUGCAGAUAGUUUUGAUACAGAUCGUUUAAGUGGUUCAUUACAAUAUUAUGAUGAUCAACAAGAUUCAUCAAUGAAUAAUGAUCCACCUCAACCAAUAAUGGAAUAUGAAACAAUAAAAAGAGAUGAUAAAAAAUCCAGAAAAAAAGAAGAAACAAAUCAAAAACGAAUACAACGUCAAAAAGAAAAAGAUGAAAAAAAAGCACGUCAAAAUGAAGAAAAAGAACGUAAAAAAAGUCAAAGUCGAACAAGAACAACAAAUGAACAAGAUAUAAAUCGAUCAUUAAAUAAUAGAUCAAAAGCAUGUAUUGUUAUGUUAGAUGAUACUGAACAAUAUAUUGAUUUAAAAAAAGAUGAUAUUGGUAAAAUAUUUUAUGAACGUGUAUGUGAAUUAAUAAAUCUUGAAGAAAAAGAUUAUUUUGGAUUAACAUUUAUAAAUAAUGAAAAUACUCGAGCAUGGUUAGAUAAUGAUAAACGUGUAUUAAGUCAAUUGAAAGGUGUUGAUCCAGUUUUUUAUUUUCAAGUAAAAUUUUAUCCACCUGAACCUGCUUUACUUCAAGAUGAUCUUACUCGAUAUCAAAUAUGUCUUCAAAUACGAAAUGAUAUUCUUUCUGGCAAAUUACCAUGUUCAUUUGUUACUUAUGCUCUAUUGGGUUCAUAUACAGCUCAAGCUGAAUUAGGAGAUUAUAAUGAAUAUGAACAUGGACCAUCAUAUCAUUAUUUAACAGAUAUUAAAUUUGCACCUGUACAAGAUGAUGAAUUAUUACGACGUAUACAUGAACAACAUAAACGACAUAAAGGUCAACCACCAAAUGCAGCUGAUUUACAUUUUCUUGAAAAUGCAAAAAAAUUAGCUAUGUAUGGUGUUGAUUUACAUCCAGCAAAAGAUUCAGAAAAUGUUGAUAUUAAUAUUGGUGUAUCAGCUAAUGGUUUAUUAAUCUAUCGAGAUAAAUUACGUAUUAAUCGUUUUGCUUGGCCAAAAAUAUUAAAAAUUUCAUAUAAAAAACGAUAUUUUUAUAUAAAACUUCGUCCAAGUGAUUUUGAUCAAUAUGAAAGUACAAUAGGUUUUAAAUUACCAACAUAUCGUGCAGCAAAAUCUUUAUGGAAAAUAGCUGUUGAACAUCAUGCAUUUUUUCGUCUUCGUCGACCAGAAGAAAUUCGCAAACGACCAAUUAUACCAAGAUUUAAUUCAACAUUUCGUUAUACAGGAAAAUAUACAUAUCAUCAAGCUCGACAAUUAUUACUUGAUAGACCUAAUCCUGAUUUUGAAAGAUCAUUAAAUAAACGAAUGACAAAAAGUCUUGAUGCUUCUGGAAUUGAAAUAAAUCGUCCAACUAAACCAGUUAUUCAACGACCAUUGCCACGUCCUCAAAGUAUUGAACCAUUUUUUGAAACACGUCGAAUACCAAUAUCUAAUGAAGAUGAUGAUGAAGAUGAAUAUCCACCACCAACAGUUGUAAAAGAUCCAGAAUAUGCACAUGUAAAAAAGAAACUAGAUCGUGAACCAAUUGAACGACUACCAAGUACACCACCAAAAGUACCGGAAGUUAAACCGAAACGACCACCACCUCCGGUAAUUUAUGUUAAUAUUCCACCGGAACCACCUGUUCGACCACCAGCACCACGCGAACCAUCACCAACGAUGGAUCCUGAUGAAGCUCUUCUUGCAGCAAUUCGUUUAGCAACUGAUCUUGAUCCAAAUAAAGAAGCAGAACGAGUAGUAAUACCUAGUAGUUAA